CAUUGCUAAAUGAGCGUUCUGCGUUCAAGUUUCGGCGGCGGAACGUAAAAUACACACGUACAAAUAUAUAAAGGAUUUAUUCGGCUGCGAAAGCAAUAAUAAAAAUCAAUUUGGCAACGAAUUUUAUCUACUCGGAAGUAUUCGGUUAAAACUUUGUUUUAAUAAAGUACGCUACAUCUGGGUUGGUGCAGCGGUGAUUCCCCAAGUGACGACAAAAGCAUAAAGUAUUUUGUAGAGUGUACAUAUACAUAUGUACAUACAAAUGAGUAUAUAGCGAAAAAAGCUGUGAGAUAAAAAUAAAACCAUAAAAGAAGAGAAAAAUCUGUAUUUUUGUGAAACAUAUAUAUAUACAAACAUAUAAAUAUUUGGAGCAAGUGACUGACAUGCCAAUUGCUAGUGUGCGAAAAGUAUACAAAAUAAAAAGUCACCUGUUAAUAGUUAACUCACGAUUAAUAAUCAAAGCAGUGUUGAAUAAUUGCCAGUGACAUUAGCAAAGGGUUGGUUGAUUUGAUACAGAAAGAGAGACAAUAGACAACAACAAAAUUCAGCAGUGAAAUCGAUUGCACACGAAGAAUUAAUGAGUGCAAGCGGUGAUUUUUCGGCAUGCAAUGCCAGUUACAGGGUUAAAAUAUAAAAUCGACACAUUAGAAAGAUAAAGAGCGCAUAACUGUGAGGGCGAGUAAAUAAAGAAUCGAAAGAAAUUCCUUAACAAACAAUAGUAUAAAAAACAUAGUUUAAAAUAAAAACUAAACGAAAUGGGUAUACCAGUAAACGAUCCAGAAGAUCCCGCAGGUUAUGAUUGCAAUUACGCAAGGAGCCAAACAGCCAAUGCAUGCAAGUGCAGCUGCUGUUGUAACAACAAGCAGAGCGCUUGUAACAGUAACAGCAGCAGUAACAGCAAUAACAGUAGCAGUAAUUGCAAUAGCAGCAAUGUCAGCAUUUGCAAACAUGUUGGCAGCACAAAUAAGGCAGCCGCCACCACACUUACACUCACAUUUGCCAACAACAGCAGUUGCGGUGCAGCGAACAAUUAUCAGUAUAGCAAAACGGAAACAUUGGACGCACCCCUAACAGCGACGUCGAUCGCACGUCAUACCAAAGACUUGGUUGGCAACUCAAAGGAAUAUCGUAUAGAGAGUAAUAAAAGUGAUUUGCGCAUCAUUGGCAAUGGCAAUCGGAUACGUAUCGGUUGCAAUCAGGGUAAUUUACAAAUUAUUGGCAAUAAUACAAGACUGAAAAUCACAAAUAACACCGGUGGCAUACGUUAUACGGGGAAUGAGGGACGCAUUUGCUUGGGUAGCGAUUCGACACAACAAAUAGUCGAUUACAUAGGCAAUAACGGCAAAUUGAAGGUUGUCAAAGCAGCGGAACUAUUAAGUGAGAAAAUCAAAAGUCACAAGCAAAAAAGCCCAAAAAAUCUAGAAGCAUCGGCAACUGCGACUACCACGUCGAGUGCGGAGAAGUGUGUGACGUCAGCAAAGGUCAACGUCGAUGUGGCGACUGGAUCGGAAUCGGCUGCGUCUCCGUCACAUUCAAGCCCCAAGAAGGUGAAGGUGAAAUCCGCCUCAUUUGGCGGCGAUUAUAGUACGCAAUGGCGGCAGUUUAAUGAGUUGUUCGAACAGCAAGGUUGGCGUAAUUUCGAUUUUUCAUCAAUGCCGAAUUUGAAGUGCGAAAAUCACGCGAAAGCCGAUGAAGCUAAUGCUGGUAAAAAGGCUGAACAAAGUAAUAAUAAUAGUAGGAGUAGUAAAAUUGAUACUAAAAGCUGUAAAAUUGAUAGUAAUAUUAAUAUAGUGAGUACUUACGGUAAUAUUUGCAUAAACAAUGCGGUUAAUGUUAGUAUGUAAGUGAUGGAAGAUUGAUUAGUAGCAGAGUAGCUUAUUCAGAAAUUGCUAAAUUUGCUAAGCAAACCAAAUAAGAGAGUAUGAAAAAUGAUAACAAGUAAGGCAAUAAUUUUCCUAAAGAAUUAACAAACUCAUAUCACAAAUAGAAUAUCUUAAUUGAUCGUAUAUUUAAGUAGUAACAAAGCUCUCUAGGAGAAAUACGAUCUAUGACAAACGUAAAAUUAAGUUUUGGGGGAAUUGAGUCAUAAAUGAAAGUAUGUACAUAGUUACAAAAACAUUUGACUGUAUUUAUGCCAGCAAUACCUCUUGCCUUUUAUUUGUAAUUUUAGUGCAGAAAUAACUUUUUGUUGAAAAAAAAACAAUUAAAACAAUAAGAAAGCAAUUGCAGUGCAUAUUCACGACAUUUAUUUAAUUAAUUUUCCUUAUUAUUAAAUUAAUAGAAAUGCUUUCAAAAAUAAAUUUGAUUAAUUACGAAACUAUCCUGGCUAAUUAAGUCAAGGUUGCUCACAAUACUGAGUAUCCCAACUUGUGAACUAUUUUUAAUUGUUUUUAAUAUUGCAGGCCUAGAGUGUAAAUUGCUCACUUUAUUGCACGUAAAAAAAGUUUAAAAAAUAUAAUUGAUAAAUUUGUAUUAAUUUAUAUUUAAUACAUUUAAAAAACAACAAAUAUUUUUUAACCAGUCCACUGAAGAUCUUUAAACUUUAUGCCAGCAAAUUGUUCCUAAGAAUUAACUUUCAGAAAGAACAACAACAAAAUAAGCUGAAUUAAUUUUACCAAUACGCUUAAAUGUAAAGUAUUAAGACAAUAAGAGUAUUUGUAUGACUAACACUUGAAAUGCAUCAGACUAAAAAUCUAGCGCAAAUAAUUAAAAUUUUAUGAAAAUGAUAUACUAUGUAAACACAUGUAAUCAAAAAUAUUAUGUCAUUCCAUGAAUGACACGUAAUAAAAACCCAUUUCAAUUAAAA